AAACUUUUUAGUGGAAAGAAGAUUAAUAAUGUGGAAAUAUUCAUCAUCUUCUGUUUUGUCCUUAGAAAAUUUCAAUUUUGAAUAAUUUUCAGAUAUCCUUUUACAAUCAUUAAUCAACAUCUAUAAAUUAUAGUAUGGCUGAUGUUAAAUUUCAACAACAAGAACCUGAAAUGAAAGGAUGGCUAUAUAAAUGGACUAAUUAUUUAAAAGGUUAUCAAAAGCGAUGGUUUGUGCUUUCAAAUGGAUUGCUGUCUUAUUAUAGAAAUCAAAUGGAGAUGUCUCAUACUUGUAGAGGAACAAUUAGUUUAGUCAGUGCUGUUAUUCACACAGAAGACUCGUGUAACUUUGUAAUUUCUAAUGGCGGAACACAAACAUUCCAUCUGAAGGCAACAAGUGAAGUGGAGCGUCAGCGCUGGGUUACUGCUUUAGAAUUAGCAAAGGCCCGAGCUAUUCGUAUGAUGGAAUCAGGUAUACACUCAGAUGAUGAUGAAUUUUAUGAUGCAGAAGAACACACUGCUGCUGAUUUUGUGGUAACUAUUCCAGGAAAAGGUCACAGGUAA